GGUGAGAAGUCAUGUGAUGCGUGCUGCCUUCGUCCUGUCAUCGGCUGGAUCGUGUGUUGAGUGUCAGGAAAACUUGUCAAAAGCUUCUAUUCCUGAGGUAUUCUUCCCAUAAGACCUCCACCAUGGCGGAGAUGAGUUUUGUGAUCUCCAUGUCAGUGAUGACGCUGUUCUGGGGCAUCGUUGGAGGAGUUGUGCCUUGGUUUAUCCCCAAAGGACCAAACAGAGGAGUGAUCGUUGUAAUGCUGGUGUUAACUGCAGUCUGCUGCUACCUCUUCUGGUUAAUAGCGAUUCUGGCCCAGCUGAACCCGCUACUUGGGCCUGCGCUGUCCAAUGAUACUAUCUGGUACCUCUACCGUCACUGGCCUUAGUCCGUCCUCCCAGGACACAUUGCAGUUUCUCCCAGCAACGGAGGACCUGACAGUGCUGCAUACCAAUGGAUGUUUGCUAUCGCAGAGAUCAUUCCCUCUACUUUGCCUUAAAACUCCAAACACCUUCAUGAUUAUUGAGAGAUGCCCACACUGGUGCCUUGUACAAAAUGAUUCCCAAAGGACUAAGAGAUCUCACCCGAAGUGCUUUACUUUAAAUUAAAGCAACCCUUAUUUGUUGUCGUUGUUGGUUUAUAUAUAUUAUGUGAUGAAUGGUAUUGUUGAUAUGACUGAUGUAUAAUUAAAUAGUUGUUGUGUUGUG